UUACGUAACAUGAAAACAGCUCCACUUCCGCCUAGUCACACUUUGCGACAAGUCGUCAGAAGAAAUCGACAGCCAGUCGAGACCUAUGGCUCCCGUCGCCCAGCGUCAACUGUAUUAAAAACUGUUUUAAUUAUACUACACAUUUAUUGGAGUGGUGCUAUGUCUUCGGGGAUGACGGGACGCACACCGUGCCUAACAAGCCGAUGGGAUAAGACAGCCCAGCCUAAACAGAGAAGCAGUGAAAAUGCAACCCACUCGCUGUCUUUAUCAGGAGUCGUCGGCACUGCUGGUUCAAACAGCUCCGCUUCCCCGUCACAACAAGCGGGAGAGAAGCCGGCGCCUCAGGGAGGAGUUGAAAUGGCAGCAGCCAUGGCUGCUAAAAUAAAUGCCAUGUUGAUGGCAAAAGGAAAGCUGUUGACUCCUCCACCAUUGCUUGCAAAGAUGCCUCGAAAUAUCCAUGUGCCAAACACUACGGAAGAAAUGGUGGUCACAGAGGUCGACAUAAACGAUGUACCAAUAAAUUGCAGGGAACUUCUUACUAAAGGCAAAACACAAGAAGAGAUCCGACAGUUCAGUGGAUCAGUCGUCUCAACGAAAGGCCAUUACAUGUCUGACGGGGAAAAAGGAAAAGCAGGACAAAGGCCUUUGUAUUUGCAUGUCCAGGGGAAGAACCAAGAUCAAGUCAAUAAGGCUGUGCUGAGGAUAAAAGAGAUAAUCUCUGAAGACCUGUUGAGGGCCUCGGCGGCAUCAGGAGGACAUCAGGUGCCUAUAAUGCCUCCGCUCACACUCUACCCUCAGCCUCCUCGGCCCGUCAUUUCCCCAUCUGCACCACGGAUGCCAAACACCAACUCAGUGCCAGGACAUCGGCCUGCAGCUCCUCAUUCAGGGAGUUUUGUGCACACAAAGAUUUUUGUGGGUCUGGACCAGGCGUGUCCCUCGUUCAACGUGAAUGAAAAGGUGGAGGGUCCAGGAGGAUCGUACCUGAGUCACAUCCAGGCAGAGACGGGGGCUCGGGUCUUUCUCAGGGGGAAAAGUUCUGGCUACAUCGAACAAGCAUCCAAACGAGAGUCUUUCGAGCCUCUUUAUGUCUACAUCAGCCACCCAAAUUCAGCUGGAUUGGAGUCAGCGAAGAAACUUACGGAGAGUCUGCUGGAAACUGUGAGACAGGAAAAUGCCCGUAUGGCGUCGAUGUACAGCGCCACCAGUUCAACACAACCAUACGCAGCACAUGGAUUUCAACCUAAUAGCAAUUACUCUAGCCAGGGGUCCUGGUAUAACUACCCAGCAAAUGGGUAUGCUGGCGGCUAUUCAGCGUACUCAGGAGCCAGUGGUUAUUGGAGUAAUGCAAAUGGUCCCCCAAGUCAUUCUAACAUGUCGACAAACCCUCCAUCUUCUCAGGCAAUGGUUCAGUAUCCUGUGUGUCCUAGGAAACCACAUCCCUAUCUCGACCAGGAUGCUGGCAGCAGUGGGACAGUGGAGCCUGGAGGAUCUUUAGACAACCCCCCUGACUCAGGAAGUCCCAGACGUCAUUUCCAGGAGGGGGCUAAGGAGGAACAGCCUUCCAGCAGAUCUCCAGAGGGUCCUGUGAACCAAGAGACGGCCCUUCCUGCCCCCAGUGUUGGAAAGGAGAAAGUAGUAGAAAGGAUUCUGAUGCCCCCUCCCCCACCUCUGUUUGUGGCCCCUGCCCCUGUUGCACGCAAAAGGCAGAGAGACACAGAAGACCCAGUCAGUCUGACUGGCAUCACCGCGUCUAUGGGUGUUCAAGAUGAGAUCGGCAAGAAGACGAAAGUGGACGAAGAUACGUCUGGGCUAGUCCCCUACGGAGGAGACUCCUCCGACGAAGAGGAGGAGAGGACACGCAGCAGUAAGCCCGAUCACUCAUAACCCCUGCCCCCCCCCCCACUGUCCAGGACACUCACAGACCCAAAGUCUCCAUUCGGUUUACCAACACAGUUCUCAAACCCGGAAAGGAAAAAUCCGCCCUUUCGUUUUCAUUCACUGUUUUGCCAUUUUUUUUUUUUUUUUACUACAAAGAGGGAAUGCAUUGAUUGCUGAUUAUUUUCCAAGUAGAGUUUACCAUUUUAAAGCUUGCAGAAUGUUUUUUUUUUCAUCUCCAUAUGGCACUUAGGGAGAGGAACAUCUGGCCCCACUUUAUGUAUCACAUCCUUUUUAAAAGGCAGGGGACCAAACUUUACACACUGACAGGUUGACAAUCGUAAUAUAUCAUUAUUUUAUAGCACAGAUGAUUAUUAGUAAACGGGCUGUAAAUGAAAAAACAAACACUGGUAUGGUCUUUGAAUAAUCACCAUCUCCUGAUGUUUGGUGCUUUCGUGGACUCUUAAGGAGGAAAGGUUUUUAUUGAAUGGUCUUGGUGUACUUUUUCAGUUAGUUUUUUUUUUCUCGGUUAUAUCACACAAGGGGUGUGAACCCGUUGGUUUCUCUAUAGUAUUGCACACCUAUACAGCAGUGGUAAAUAUAGAAAACCAUGCCAACUAUUUCAUUGUGCAUAUUUUUGUAGCCAAAUGACUUAUAAAGCGCAGCACAUCUUGUGGCUUCAUGCUCAUUAGAGAUUGUAAUGGUUUAGAAAAUAUAAAUCUUUCACCUUUUGUUAUCGCUGUCUUGAUAUAAACCUUUCUUUCUUACUCUAAGUGUCUGACUGACUCCAAAACGUCCACAUACAAUUAUGAAAAGAUGGUCAUUUUUGUAAAGAUGUCACUAUUAAACAAAUUACUCACUUUGAUCAGUGUGAAAGUAUUCAGGGUGGAUUUUCCCUUUUUUUUUUAAGAGGUGAAUACUAUUGUAUAACUACAUGAUCUUUUUUAAUUUUUUUAAACCAUCUUUUUGCUCAUCAAAACAAGCCCCUUUAUUUCCUAUUUUUUAAUUCAAACACUUGGUCUGCUGCAGUUACUGAUGCUAUAAAUACAUAUUGUAAAAUUCAGUGAAACUUUUUUUCUUAUCUUGGAAAAUGGUGUAUGCCUGUUCCCAUGGAAUACUAUAAUAAAGAAACACUUAUAAAUAAA